AAAACAGUUAUGGAGCUCUGGACAGCUGGCAGAAACCUCUCCAAGCCCAAGGCUGAUGGAGUCUGGCAGGAUCCCAGCACUACAGCCCAUAGAUGAGCUUCACCCACCUCAAUUCACUCCCCAUCCACCAAAGGAGAUGAGAACAUGUUUGCAUUGCCCAGCAUCUCGAUGGAGGCACUUCAAGGCUGGAAAGCAGGAGGCAGCCACAGCCCUGACUGAAGAGCAGGAUUUGACCCAGUCUUCAGGAGCAGAGGCUUCCAGUAUCCUGCCAGUGUCAGGUGUGCUGCAGCCAGGAGAGAGCCAGCAGGUCUCCUUGCCCUUCUCUGGCCACCUCAACAGCAUCUCCAGUGCCACGGCGCUGUGCCACGUGGAGGGAGGCCCCAGCUCCGAGGUGCUGGUGCCCGGGGAGGCCUCACGUGCCAGCUGCUCCCCGAGCCCCCAGGAGAUCAACUGUGGCUCUGGGGCACCUCUCAGGGAGAGAAGGGAGCUGAAGCGGCCGGCUCCAAAGCUUGAGGAGGAGACAAAAGCCUUGGCGGAGGAAGAGAGGCAGAAGGAGAAAGAGAAGCAGAAGAAAGCAAAGAAGGGUGUCUCUGUGGGGAAGGAACCUCCAAAAGCAGAGAAGGGGAAAACCAAACCCCCAGAGAGGAAGGAAAGCAAGGCCCCAGAGAAGAAGGACACCAAAGCAUUAUUAGAGAAGAAGGAAACCAAAGCUCCAGAGAAGAUUGAAAAGAAACUCCCAGAAAAGAAAUACAAACCUCCAGAGAAGAGGGAAUCCAAAUUCCCAGAGAAGAAGGAAACCAAAGCUCCAGAGAAGAUUGAAAACAAACUCCCAGAAAAGAAAUACAAACCUCCAGAAAAGAGGGAAUCCAAAUUCCUGGAGAAGAAGGAAACCAAAGCUCCAGAGAAGAUUGAAAACAAACUCCCAGAAAAGAAAUACAAACCUCCAGAAAAGAGGGAAAUCAAAAUCCCAGAGAGGAAGGAAAGCAAAGCACCAGAUAGGAAGGAAUUGAAAAUCCUAAAGAAGGAAACCAAAUCUCCAGAGAAGAGAAGCAAAGCUCCAGAAAAGAAGGAAACCAAAUGCCCAGAGAGGAAGGAAAUCAAAAUCCCAGAGAAGGAAACCAAGGCACCAAAAAAGAAGGAACCCAAAGCCCCAAAGAAGGGGGAAGCCAAAGCCUGAAAGAAGGGAGGAACCAAAAUCCCAGAGAACCCAGCUGAGCUGGAGAAGAACUCUUUAUUUUAUUCACACAACUUAUUUUAUACAGUUUGACAAACCUAAUGUGCCACUUUAGUUAGUUAAUAGAUUUCUUAUUAUUAGUUAUGCCAGUUAUUAACAGUUGGAUAAUAAAAUAUAUUUUA